GCUAUGAUCUCUUUCAUGUUUCCAUUAGUGCAGAGACUCCUCUGAAGAAGGUCUGCCGUGAUGUCACACAUUAGCUGCAUGUAGCAGUUCUCUUCUUCCCUGUGCAUCACACAAAAUCAGCAACGACGAAUGACCUUAUAUUGGAUUUUCGUGACGCUGAGAUUUGUUCUGACGUUUCAAAAUGGAAUAUCGCUGUACCUACGACAGCUGAUCGCAUUUCAGACAUCUGCGAUGUAGUACUCAAAGUUCAGGUUCAGCGAAAUGCCAAGGCCUCCACGGUAGAUGAAGUCAACAUAAACUACACCUUGAAGUUUUUGCUUUCAACGAUUUCAGAUAAAAUCAGCCACAUGGAAGAGGUCACACUAAAGGUUGAUAAAGUCCCACCUGGAACACGAAUUCUUUUUGCUCACAACUCGUCAAAUGCCAGUGCUAACAAUCAACAAAUCAAGGCUAAUGCAACUGAGAUUCAGUUUGAUUUGCGGAAUACAUCUUUGGUUCUUCCAACUGAAACUUGUGGGCAGAUGUUUCUGAUAGCCGCAUUGUGGAACCAUUCAUCCGUUAACAACAAGUCGCUGGUGGCAAAAAUAGCAUGGCCUUUUCAAGUUACGUGUGAAAAUGCAGACGUAGACCUGGCCCUGUACGUCGAGUUGAAUUCUUUCCCGCUUAGCAGCGGAAUAUUCAGUAAUAACAUGACGCUAAUAAUUGGCAUUCCUAUCCUUCAACAGUUAUUAGAUUUGAAAAUUUACUUGGCAAAUGCGGACGAAUCCAAAACAUCCUUUUUACGCCGUACCAGCCCAAGUUUACCUAAAGUUACGGUUCACAUUACGCCGAGAAAGCACUCGUUGCUUAUUAAAGGCGUUGUGAGUUACAAGACUGUACGACAUCGUUUGGGAGAUGAAAUUUUGCAUCGAGACCAACUAAUUGACGUGGAAUCGGAUUAUAGCUCGUCGGCCAUCAAUCCCGGCCAGAAGUUGCUUCUGAACUCCAGUGUUUUGCAGUUUUUAUCGACCAGCAUAUGCGGUGAAGCUUGGAUGGUUUUUCGCUUAGAGUUGGAAGACUUGAAUGUUGAAAACAACUUUGCCGUUAUUCCGGUUUUUCUUGAUUGUUCUGCUUUACCGGAGAUGAUGCUUGCAAAUUUGGGAUCCUGCGACGUGGUUCCUGACGAGUUUUCAAUGGGUCGCUCAGCUUUGAUGUUCACUUCAUUACAGUUUAGCGGUGCCAUGUCACUGAAUGCAUUUCUUUAUAAGAUAGAAGACAAAACCUAUUUACCACUUCGAGGAAACGAGGUAAUUGUACCUGAAGUACUUGACAAAUUUAGAAUGAUUCAACUGGAACGGAACCGCCUAAUCAAACGUAACCAGUGUCCAUCUCAUGUCGAACUUCGUCUGAACUUUGAUGCCACUCUUUUUGGUCAACUGUACGGUUUGAUUGAAUUAUUAAAUGGUCGUUUGAUACUGUCGAACCAGUCCGAACAACAAAAGUCACAGCAGGAACAAAUUCUUUUAAUAAGUCAAGCAUUGGGUGGCCUGCUAGUCGCUUCUACAUCAUACAAUUCUGUGUCGGCCUAUUUUAUGGAUUCCGUCUUAAACGGCCUAUUUACUUACUGGCCGUUUUUUCCUUUUGACAUUUCAACUACCCAAAGCGCAUCAACUCAAGGUCCUAAAAUUCAUCCGCCGUUGCAUCAGUCUUGGCACGAGCGCUUCGCUAAAGUCGUUACUCACUUUAUGCGCAAAACUAUUUAUGCCGAUUAUGAAGGGAAACCUAAUCCGGAUACAGGGUUGCAAAAUUUUUUGAAUCAGCUUCUGUGGAGUCCGGAUACUUUAGAAGGUCCGUCCCUGUCGAAACAUUCUAUCGAUAAACUUCGCCAAUUUCUUCUUAUGGUGUUGCAAAAGAAGUUGCCCACGACCUUUGAUGAUUUGCCACUCGAGAUUUUAAAUUCACUGUCAUUUUUCUCUGGUGAGGUUACCUCCCCAGUACCCAUUAAUGAAAUCCAAGUCAAAACAGCGAUUGAGACAGUUUUCAAAGCUGUUCAACAGACUAUAACAAUGAACAGUAACCUUGUUCGUGAUGAAGGCAAGAAUGACUCAUCAAAUAACCAGGAGGAUGUCGCCAUCAAAUUAGCCGUUUUAAGCUCAUUGAUAGAAGCCAUUAAUACUCAGUCUAUAAUAACACGGCUGACUGUGAUCAUUCAAAAGAUUCAAGAGAGUGUCUCGCUAAACAAGCAAUGGAUUUUAAUGGAAGGCAUGUCUGACACGGCUAUAGACGCCGAACUAUAUUGCCGACUCCACGCUCUCAAUCGAAUUCGAUUUCGUCAAGAUCCACAAGCUGAGAAUCUGUUUGAAAAACUUCAUCGAAUUACCUUUUGGAAACGAGAUUCCGGAGUAAUUUAUCGAGGUGAUAUUAGUGGCAUCACUGGUCGACUGUAUUGGAACAGAGUUGCUGUGUGUCACUGUGAUGGUUUUUCUCCUACCAAAUAUCAUUCGCACGUUGACCCUUGAACCUAGAGUCCUAGACUAAAUAUUUUUGUAUUUUAUCUUAACUUUGAUGCAAUCAAAAUAUAACCCCUUUAAAAUCUA